AGAAGAGGGCUUUUUUUUCUUUCGCUCUUUCUUCGGGUCCUUAUCAGCAAUUCAGAUUGCAUGCAAAUCGGCAGCGUCAUCGUCAUUUCUUUCUUGCGAGCGAAAAAAAAAUCAAGGGAGGAGGAGGAGGAGAUGGAGGAGUGAAGGAGGGGGGGGAGAGAGAGAGAGACUCAACCGUCCUCGGUCCUCCUCUUAUGGGCAACACUUCGCUUCUGUUCUCCCUGCUGCUACGAGCUGGCAGUGUGGAGGCGUGAGACUCCGGCGCCCCAGAGCGCCUGAUCGAUGCGGGCUGCAGGAAAGUUCAGCUGAGCGCUCUUCUGCAGAGAGGAGGGGGGCUCGUCUUCAUAACUCCGCCGUGCCCGAGGAGAAGCAGGAGUCCUGCGCGGGGCUGGGAGGUGGGGGGAUUAUUUCGGAGAGAACACACACACGCACACACGCCUCUGCCGUGAUCAUGGCCACGCAGCGCCGACGGACCGCGGCCAGCCGGUGCUCGCGGGCUCUGCUCGUGCUCGCCGUGCUGUGCGCCCGCUGCUGCCGCGCGACCUGCCCGGAGAGAGCGCUGGAGCGGCGCGAGGAGGAGGCGAACAUAGUUCUGACCGGGACCGUGGAGGAGAUCCUCAACAUGGACCCCGUGCACAACACGUACUCCUGCAAGGUGAGGGUGUGGCGCUACCUGAAGGGCCGGGAGGUCGUGACCCGGGACGUCCUGCUGGACGGGGGCAACAAGGUGAUGAUCGGGGGCUUCGGCGACCCCGGGAUCUGCGACAACCAGGUGGCCACGGGGGACACGCGCAUCUUCUUCGUCAACCGCGCGCCCGCGCAGCUGUGGCCGGCGCACAGGGGCGAGCUGAUGCUGAACUCCAGCCUGAUGAGGAUCACGCUGCGCAACCUGGAGCAGGUGGAGCACUGCGUGGAGGACCGCAAGAUGGCCCCUGCAGACAAACCGGUGCACUUCACUCCAGCACAGCCCCCGGAUGGGUGCAGAGGGAUGCUGUGCGGAUUCGGGGCGGUGUGCGAGAGGGACCCCGCGGACCCCUCCAAGGGGGAGUGUGUGUGCAAGAAGACCUGCCCGCCCGUGGUGGCGCCGGUCUGCGGCUCCGACUCUUCCACCUACUCCAACGAGUGCGAGCUGGAGAAGGCCCAGUGCGCCACGCAGAGGAGGCUCAAGGUGGUGCGCAAGGGGUCCUGCGCCAAGGACCCCUGCAGCGAAGUGACCUGCAGCUACGGCAGCACCUGCGUCCAGUCCUCCGACGGCCAGUCCGCCAAGUGCAUGUGCCCGCUGUCCUGCGAGCAGGAGCCCCUGCACCGGGUGUGUGGCAGUGACGGGCAGGACUACCCCAGCGAGUGCCAGCUGAACCAGCACGCCUGCCGCCUGCAGAAGAACAUCAGGAAGGAGCACGACGGCCCCUGCGACCCCUGCCAGGACAGCCGGAGCAACCCGAACGUGGCCUGCCGCGUGGAGCCGCGGACCCGCCGGCCCCAGACCUUCGCCUCGCCGGAGUCCUGCCCGGCGGACCGCGAGCCCGUCUGCGCCAGCGACGGCCAGACCUACGACAACAAGUGCAGGAUGGAGCGCACGGGCAAGCUGCAGGGCCUGGAGCUGAAGGUUCUGCACGCCGGGCGCUGCCGGAAGGAGGACGAGUGCCCGGAGGGGUGCCCGUUCAACGCCGUGUGCCAGGUGGAGCGCAGCGGCCCGCGCUGCUCCUGCGAGGCCAUCCAGUGCGACGGCACCUACAGUCCUCUCUGCGGCACGGACGGGCGCACCUUCGGCAACAACUGCGAGCGGCGCAGGGCUGAGUGCCAGGCCCGGGCGUACAUCCCCGUGAAGCAGGGCCCGUGCGGGCUCCACAACCCCAGCCCCUGCCAGGACAAGCCCUGCGGCUUCGGCGCGGCGUGCGUGGUGAGGAACGGGGAGCCGGUGUGCGAGUGCCCGGACGCCUGCCCCAAGGUGCACGACCCCGUGUGCGGCGACGACGAGCACACCUACGGCAGCCAGUGCGAGAUGAAGGCCAUGGGCUGUGUCCUGCAGAGGGAGAUCCGGAUCCGGCACAAGGGGCCCUGCGAGCCCUGCAGCAGCUGCCGCUUCGGCGCCAUCUGCGACACGGAGACGGGCCGCUGCGUGUGCCCGACGGAGUGCGUGGCGUCCCACCAGCCCGUGUGCGGCACCGACGGCGCGACCUACGCCAACGAGUGCGAGCUGCACGUGCAGGCGUGCACGCAGCAGAAGGACCUGCGGGUGGCGGCGCAGGGGGAGUGCAAGACCUGUGGGGACGGCGUGUGCUCCUGGGGCGCCAUGUGCGUGAGGAACCAGUGUGUGUGCCCCAGCUGCGCGGGUCAGCCCGGCGCCCCGGUGUGCGGCAGUGAUGGGGUCACCUACGACAGCACCUGCGACCUGCGGGCUGCCUCCUGCCACCUGCGGAAGAAAAUAGACAUCGCCAGGACGGGCCCCUGCGAUGAAGAGUGCGGCUCCUCCGGCGGCUCGGGUUCGGGAGAGGACAGCGCCUGCGAACAGGAGCGCUGUAAGAAGUUUGGAGGCUCCUGGGACGAGGACGCGGAGGACGACCGCUGUGUGUGCGACUUCACCUGCCAGAGCGUACCGCGGAGCCAGGUGUGUGGGACGGACGGCCGCACCUACAGCAGCGAGUGCCAGCUGAAGAAGACCCGCUGCGAGAAGCAGGCCCACGUUGAGAUCCACAGCCAGGGGCCCUGUGCAGCCACCCCCAGCACAGCGGCCCCCACGGCCUCGGCCCAGCACUGCAGCCAAGCGGUUUACGGCUGUUGCCUUGACAACACAACGUUCGCCCUCGGAGUGGGGCUGGCGGGCUGCCCUAGUACCUGUCUGUGCAACUCCUACGGGUCGUACGGGGGGUCCUGUGACCCCACGACCGGUCAGUGCUCCUGCAAGCCCGGGGUGGGCGGACCGAAGUGUGACCGCUGCGAGCCCGGAUUCUGGAACUUCCGCGGCAUCGUCACGGACAACAUGAGCGGCUGCACACCCUGCAACUGCAACCCGACGGGCUCUGUGCGGGACGACUGCGAGCAGAUGACCGGGCUGUGCUCGUGCAAGACAGGGGUGACGGGCAUGAAGUGCACCAUGUGUCUGGACGGCGGCGCCAGCUGUGAGAAGGGUCCCGCUGGCCAGGCCUCCUGCGCCGCGCUGCAGUGCCGGUUCGGCGCCACGUGCGCGGAGGUGAACGGCAAGGCCCAGUGCGAGUGCCCCCCGCCCGACUGCGCCGAGAAGAACAAGACCAAGGUCUGCGGUUCUGACGGGGUGACCUACGCUGACCGGUGCCAGCUGAGGACCAUCGCCUGCCGCCAGGCCACGGCCAUCUCUGUGAAGCACGUUGGACAGUGCUCAGAAACCAUCGUGACCCCCGCCCAGGCCGCCCAUGCGGGCGCUGGUCUGCUCGUAACUCUGCCUGCGAGGUCGCAGAGACGCAGCAGCGAGCUCUGCUUCUCGCCGAAACGACUGCCUGUGUUUUUCCUCCUGAUGAUCUCCCGAGGGUUCUGCCAGAGCCCGAUCCCGGGCCUGCGUGGCAGAUCUGCGGGUGUGCUAACCCUCCGUGUCCCCCUGCCAGAGCCCGCGGAGAGCACAACUGCCCUGCCAGCACCCGAGGACCGCUCCUCCUGCGACAACGCCCCCUUCGGCUGCUGCCCGGACAGCAGGACCGCGGCCAGCGACUCCGAGGGCACCAACUGUCCGCCCACCAUGAAGUUCAGCGGGUUCCUGCACCUGGAAGAGGUCGAAGGUCAGGAGGUGUUCUACACGCCAGAGAUGGACGACCCCAAGUCGGAGCUCUUCGGAGAGACGGCGAGGAGCAUCGAGUCCGCGCUGAACGAGCUGUUCCGGAAGUCGGACGUGCAGAAGGACUUCAAGAGCGUCCGGGUGAGAAGCCUGGCUCCCAGCAGCUCCAUCCUGGCCUUCGUGGAGGCCCACUUCGAUCCCGACACCCAGUACACUGUGGAAGACAUUGAGAACGCCCUUCUCACACAGCUGAAGGCCUCCAAGACUAAAGCUAUAUCGGUGAAGAAGCCGGAGAAGGACAACAUCAGGUUCAGUAAUUUCGGUUUGGUGUCCCUGCCUUUCUUCACCACAACCGCCACCACCACGGCAACUGUCACCAUGCCGACCACCACCACCCCCCUGCCGACUGCCACCGCGACGACGAGGAGGCCGAGCACCACGUCCCGGGCCACUACCCGACGGCCCUACAGCAACAGGCGGACCACCACGGCCGCGCCGGCCACUGCCCGCCGCCCCCCCACCACGACUACGCCCCCGGUCCCCUCCUCCACCUCCCCGCCGCUCACUACCCCCCCUGUGAGAGCCAGGCUGGUGCCCCAGCCUAAGAAGCCCCCCAAGCCGUGUGAGUCCCACCCCUGUCGCCACGGCGGCACCUGCGAGGAAGACGGGAGGGACUUCACCUGCAUCUGCCCCGCCGGCCGCGGAGGAGCCGUGUGCGAGAAAGUCAUCAGAUACUACAUCCCCUCCUUCGGGGGCAAGUCCUACCUGGCGUUCACCACCAUGAAGGCCUACCACACCAUGCGCAUCGCCAUGGAGUUCCGGGCCUCCGAGCUCAACGGGCUGCUUCUCUUCAACGGGCAGAACGGCAGGAAGGACUUCGUCUCCCUCGCCCUCGCGUCCGGCUUCGUGGAGCUCAGGUUCAACACCGGCUCCGGCACCGGCGUGCUCACCAGCAGGGUGCGGGUCGAGCUGGGCAAGUGGCACCAGGUGGUCGUGACGCGGAACCGGCGCAGCGCCAUGCUCAGCGUGGACAGCGAGGCGCACGUCACCGGGGAGAGCCCGCCGGGCACCGACGGCCUGAACCUGGACACCGACCUCUUCAUCGGGGGCGUCCCGGAGGAGCUCCUGGCGGACGUGAGGGAGAGGACGUCCGCCUCCGCCGGCCUGGUGGGCUGCGUCCGCGCGCUGGACGUCAACAACAUGCUGUACAACCUGCAGGAGAACGGGGGCGAGGUCCUGUACGGCAGCGGCGUGGGCGAGUGCGGCAACAACCCCUGCCUGCCCAACCCCUGCAGGAACGGGGCGUCCUGCCUGGCCAAGGAGGCCGAGAUGUUCCACUGCAAGUGUGUCCACGGCUUCUCAGGUCCCACCUGUGCAGACGCUCACAACCCCUGCGAGCCGAACCACUGCCACCCCUCCGCCCAGUGCCAGGUGUUGCCCCAGGGCGGGUACAAGUGCGUCUGUCCAAUGGGACGCGAGGGAACUCACUGCGAGAGAGAAUCGAGAAGUGGCGCCAGAGAGACCUUCAUGCCUUUCUUCAACGGGGACUCGUACCUGGAGCUGAAGGGACUGCAGAGCUACGGACACGACCUGCAGCAGAAAGUCAGCCUGACGCUGGUGUUCCUGGCCAAGGACCCCAAUGGCAUGAUCUUCUACAACGGGCAGAAAACAGAUGGCAAAGGGGACUUCAUCUCCCUGGCUCUGAGCGACGGGUUCCUGGAGUUCCGAUACGACCUGGGCAAGGGCCCAGCUGUGAUCAGGAGCAAGGAGAGGAUCGAGAUGGACGUCUGGAACACGGUCAGCCUGGAGCGCGCCAGUCGCAAGGGCGAGAUCAACGUCAACGACAAGGACCGCGUGAGGGGGGAGUCGCCGAAAUCUCGAAAGAACCAGCACACCGCGCUGAACCUCAAGGAGUCUCUCUUCAUCGGCGGAGCGCCGGACUUCAGCAGGCUGGCCAGAGCCGCCGCUCUGAAGGACGGGUUCAAGGGAGCGGUUCAGAAGAUCACGCUGAUGGGGACUCCGGUUCUGAAGCGAGCCAACGUCCUGAACUCCGUGGACAUCUCCAUGUACCAGCCGCACCCCUGCUCCCAGAGCGUGUGUCAGAACGGGGGGCUGUGUCGCCCCCUGCUGGAGGUCUACGAGUGCGUCUGCCAGCACGGCUUCACGGGCGGGCGCUGCGAGAACGCCAUCAUCGAGAAGUCGGCGGGGGAGGUGGAAGCCAUCGCCUUCGACGGGCGAACGUUCCUGGAGUAUCACAACGCUGUGACCAAGAGUCCCGAAGCUCUGGAGGUUCCCUCGGAUCAGAGCGAGAAGGCCCUGCUGGUGAACAGGUUCGAGCUCAGCAUCAAGACGGAGGCCACCCACGGCCUGCUGCUGUGGAGCGGGAAGGGGGUGGAGCGCUCCGACUACAUCGCCCUGGCGCUGGUGGACGGCCGCGUGCAGAUGACCUACGACCUGGGCUCCAAGCCCGUCGUGCUGCAGUCCACGGUCAGGGUCAACACCAACCGCUGGGUCCGGAUUAAGGCCAGCAGGGCUCUGAGAGACGGCUCCCUGCAGGUGGACAACGAGGCGCCGGUCACCGGCUCGUCGCCCCUGGCCGCCACGCAGCUGGACACCGACGGCACCCUGUGGCUGGGCGGGCUGGAGCAGCUGGCCGUGGCCAGGAAGCUGCCCAAGGCCUACAGCACGGGCUUCGUGGGGUGUGUGAAGGACGUGGUGGUGGACGGCCUGGAGCUGCACCUGGUGGAGGACGCCUUAAACAGCCCCAAAAUCCUGCACUGCUCGGCCAAAUAACCGGCGCCGCCCACCCUGUCUAUUGCUGUAAUUAUUUUCUAUUUUUGUAUACUUUUAUUGCUUUUUAUAUUGGAAAAUACAUCGUUGUUUUUCGUUUGUUUUUGUUUUGGUUCGGUUUGUUGUUUUCUGCUCCUCUGUUGUUGUUGGACGCCAUCGUUCUCCGGACGAGCCCUGCAAGCCCUCGUGUCGUGGAGGUCUCUGGGAGGGGAGGCCGAAGCCCCGCUCGUGCCUGGAGCCUGGCAGGUGGCGCUGGUGCCGCCGUCCCCUCCCCUCCCCUCCACCUCGCAGGACUGUCCAGCCCGGGCGGACCGGCGCCGAGGGAUCGAGCGGGACCGGCCCCUUUGUGUUACUGUGUUGUUAUUGUUCCUUUUUUUAUACUUUUAAGAAUUAAUUUAUGUGUGAGCGUACCUGUGACUGACUUCUAGCUUGCUACAGUACGUGAUUGUAAGAUAAUGAAAGAAUGAGCUGCCUUCGGCCGGCAGUAAGGAGGACAGAGCUCCCGCUGCGAAAUCACACAGAACAAAGCGUGUUCCGACCCCGAAGGGCAGCGUCUGGGACGGGACAGACAGCAGUGCCCGUCUCCGCGGCGCUGUUCCAGCUCUGCGUGGGCCUCACCCCGCAGCGCGGCUCUUGGCUUCACAGAAACACGCGUGUAAUGACCACGCCUCGCGUGUGGAGCUGUGCACCUUUCUGAUUUAGGAAACGCCAACGUCGUUUUAAACAUUUAGAUGCAAAACACCUGCCAGUGCAGGUUUCAGUACACGCGGGGAGAGCCUGCAGAGCUCGUCUUGCUAGCUGUUCAUCAUGCCUCAUAUCUCAUGAGAUAUACAAAUUCCUGCCGACAAAACCUUUGUGUUUCCUGUCUCUCUCACGUUUUCCUUGCUACAAGGGUCGCGCCCUGGGCAAAGACGUAGCGGUCUUGUAAUCAGCAUUUGAAAGAGAAGUUCGGUGAAGAUUUUGUUUGAACGUCAAAGGUUGCUACUGAGCCAAAUAACAGAUGCCUUUUUGAAACAUACUGAGAGGCCUUAAAAACACAACAACGGAGAAUUGGAACUGAUAGCGUUUGUUGCAUUGUUAAUGCCUCACGGUAUAAUUAAUGUUAACAAGAGCUAAGUGCUUUUUAAAAAAACUGUUUUCUCUUCUUUUUAUUGGUUUAAGUGUUUAAAAUGUGCCAAAAGAGAAAAAAAAAGAAACGUCUGUGAUAGUCAUGCCACCAGGGGGCGCUGUAACACAAGCAGAGGAGUCCUUCAGCGACAGAGGGCGCAGGGUUGGGCGCCAGGGGCCGGAGUCUCCGUUCAUCAUGGGCAAAUGGAGAAAAGACUGAUAUGUCCAUUUGUGAGGUUUCUAUUCACAAGCAACUGAGAACUUCCUUUUCCAUUCUUGAAAUGUAAGAAAAACAAACUGAAACGAUCUCCAGAUGCCUUUUGGGCUCAGCAGCCCAGUUCUUGCAGAAGCUGGGAAAAAAAAAGACAAGGAUCCUUUGCAUCUGUCAUCCUUUGCCCUGAAGGAAACAAUAAAAAUACUAAUUACAAUAGUGCAUGGGUUUGUGCUGUUGGAUGAAUAGCCUGUAUAAAGAGAGAACCAGUGUAAUCAAAGAGUUCUGUUGGUCUGAAACGUGCAUUAUUGCAAGACUUUAAAAUUGUGCUCAAUUUGCAUUUAUUAAGUGACAAAAAACGUGCUUGUUCACAGUAGGAAGCCAGUGGCCCUAUAAAUGGUUCCUUGCUUUUUAUUUUUCUAACGUUCCACGUUACUAGAGAUACUUUUGCACAAAGCUGGGAUCUAAACUGUAAAUUAGUAACGCAUCAAUCUCAAGGUGUUUUUGUAUGAUACACUGGAACAGAACAUAUGCAGUCGUGGGGAAUUCACGAUCUUGACAUUUGGAAAUCCGCGUCACUGGGGUUGGGACUUUGUAAAAGAAGGUCUUUAACACGUCUGUAUUCUCUCCUCUGGGAGUGGUGUGGUUUUUGGGGCGAGGCUUGUGGAGAUACAGGAGGCUUGUGUGGAGCGAGAGCUGUGAUCGAAGCUUCCAGCCGGAUUCUGCACAGGCCCUGAACACGGCGUGAUCUGACGUAACGGCAUUUCAUUCUUGGUUGGCUCGUUUGUUGAUCAGCUUCACAUUAAAGUGAAAGAAAUUUUACGGUAAUAAAUUUACAGCUGUGCAGAAAACACAGUUCCUGUCCGUCAGAAGCCUCGUCAGAAAACACAAAUCAGACUAACGAGGGUUUUUGAAAUACUGUAAUAGGAUAAAAAUUCCAGGCUUGGCAACACGCUGUACCGUCUCAGAAAUGCCUUAAACAAUGGAAAUUGCCUGAUUCUGGUGACCGCUGUGUUCAUGUUGUGUUGUGCACUUACUUUAGCCACUACCUUAGUUUUAUCCCUAUAAUGUAAAAAUAACAAUAAUAAAUAAUGACAACAAUAACAAAACAA